AUAGACAUUAUAACAUAAUAGUCCGUCUCAUUUUUGUAGAUGCUUGAUAUCUAAAAAGGUAUUCUGAUUUGGCGAUUGUAGCACACGCAACAACACAUUUAAUCCGAGAUCAUCUUCAGAAAACAAGAGGAACAGUACACAUUCAGCAAUAAUCAGUGAGAUUUUAAGCUACAAUUUCCGUCAGUGCAUCAUUUGAAUUUGAUUUUCGUACAACAUUAUCUGUCUGCCAUAUUAUGUCGGGCGCAGAGGUUUGUAGCGGUGAUCGAUAUGAAUCGAGUCGACUUUUCGUUCAGUGCCAAAAGAAAUGUCCGAAGAUCCUGACUGAUUUUGGAUGUUCACUCGAGACCUCGGGAGGGCCUGAUGGUGGCCAUUCAGUGGUGGAGGUAGAUUGGUCCGGACUAGCUUGGAAGGCUGGAUGCAGAAACCGUGACGUAAUCAUGGCGGUGAAUGCUGCCGAUAUGAAGGUGACGGAUGUGGGUCAUAGUUCUCUCGUCGAGUAUCUGAGAGACAAUGGACAAACAUGUUCUCUGCUAAUUAAGCGUGAUCAGGAGGAUGUGACUAACUUCUACUGGAUAGCAUUCCAUGUCAAAGUCAAGGGUAAUAAAGACAUUCAAUACGUGUUGAUACUACAAUAAUGACGAUAUAGGCCUACGAUAAUUAUCAUCCGGACAAC